AUGCUCUGGGAGUGCGGGUCGAGAUACUCUAAGUUCAGCAAAGAAGAGUGGGACUCGGUUCUGCUUAACCCUGCUCUAGACAAGCAAAUCCAGGCUGUCCGGCGUGCCCUCGACCGGGCCAGUGGGCUAGACCUGCGGGUCCCGGCGUGGGACCAGCCGGGCAGUAGCAGCUCAUCGCAGGGCUGUGGAGUUGGCCGAUCGGCACAGGCGUGGCUCUCCCGAGCCAUUCAGAGCCUGAGCCCCAAGUUUGCUCGUAAGUUUCAACAAGGCCCCCCCAGCUCGGGUACAGCUCGUCGAGCCUCCUGUAGUCGUGCCCCUUCUUCCGAGUCUCUGCUUAAGGUACCACCUGUCCAGAAGAAGCGAGCCGGAAGUGCGGCACGCCCAAGCUCAUUGCCGUCGGGUGAAUCAAAGCGUACAAGUGGAGUUUCUAAACAGCGGAGAUGCAGGGCACCCACUGCACCCAUAACAGACCCUCAUCCCUCUUCAUGCACUAGUGAGCCUGAUAAGCAGCACUCUGCAUUGCUUGAUGCUCCUUCUACUGCUGGUCCUGCGACAUCACAGUCUUGUGAGGAAGCUGCAUGUCUCGAUGCACACAGUGCUGCACCUAGCAGGUCGGAGGCAUACGGUGUAGUACGUCUACGUGAAGUUCUAGCAGUGCUGCGGAGUGAUAUCAGCUCAGAAGAGAAGCUGUUGGCCAUCAAGCAGGGUCAUGACCGUUGGCUGGCAUUAGGCUCGCCCAUGGGGGACGUGUCAAGGCCGCGUCCUGGGUCCCAGCAUGGUGCUGAGAGCCAGCACAUGCGGCGCAGUCUUCACAAGCUUCAGGACAUGAAGCAAUUGGGUCCCAUCCUGGAAUUGCCCAAGGAUCUUCCCAGAGCUGCCUGCAAUGUCAUAACAGUUGACAUGUCUUUGGUGGAGCGAACGGGUCAGAAGAAAGUGAUAACGACAGGAGCAGAAACACCACCGAAGUCACCAACAUCUGUGCAAGACUGGGUGAAUUCACUUCCAGCUGAUGAGCCACAUAGGGAGGAGUCAAGCAACAUACAGCCAGUUGAACUACCGUCUAUGCUGCACCAGGAUAGUGGCUAUCAGAGCCACCUGGAAUGCCCUACGUUGGAAGCUCCCAUCAGUGAGACACAGGAUGACAACCUUAGCCUUGGUGCCGAGGCUCGCACAAUGGAUGAUGCGUCACUACUCCAGCCCAAGUCUGCCCAGUCAAGUUCAGGGAAGGCCAUGUUGGCAGAACUGCGAAGCAAACAGAGCAGCUUCAACUCUGAAACUUCUGGGUUCUCAACUAUUUCAAGCAUGUCCAGCGUGGAGUCUUUGCUUGAAGCCCGACGUGAGGAUCCUGAAGAGCUUCUCAUUGCGCUUGGUUUUGGUGGACCUGUGCGGGAUGAGAAUCCAGUCUCGCGCAUUCCUGAGCGCUUCUUGGCACACCCGUCACAAGCUCGGGGCGUUGAUAUGCGCCGUUUUGUCACGCACCAGGAGCAGCUGAGUCAGCGGCAUGAAGCCGGCCUUCCAGCUCCAGUGCAUCAGUCCAGUCCACCUUCUGCAAUCAGCUCCAAGAUUAUUGAAGCUAUGGAGCAGAACCAAAAGACUCGAUCUUUUUCUGCCACUGCAAAGUUGGCACGAACCAGCAGCCUCUUGCUCAGCAGUGCUAGCAGAGGCAGCUCCGACAGCAUUUUGGAGCCAGCUAAUCGAGAGUUUCUAGAGCGGCAGGGGGCUGAAGACAAAAUGUCUGGUCACAAGAGGCUUGUCCUGGGGCACCAGACUUUCAGCUUUGAUCUUGAAUCUGGCCUUAUGCUUCUCACGUCUGAACGUCGUCGUAUGCGUUGGCGUUGGCGGCGUGCUGUGCGCAUCAUCCUUGACAAGAGACAAGGGGCGCAUGUGGUCGAAUUAGGCAAAAUGCAAGAGGACAGUGAGCACCCACUGGCAAGCUUGGAUGGCCCAUCUGGUGACUCAGGGCUCGGAGAACUGAUCAGUGUGAAUGGUGGCAGUGUGGACUCUACUUCAUGUGACCUCAAUGCCUCCAACAACAAUGGUCACAAAAACUUACCUGAAAAGGAGCAGGUGUCGGUUGCUCCUGAUGAUGAAGGGGAUGUUGACGUUUUGCCCACAGAGCGUCACAAAAGGCCACUACUCUACAGGCAGUCAACUAUAACGGAAGAAGUUGCAUCACCCCAGCCAGGAAAUCUCUUGGACUCUAGCAACCAGGAUGGCAGUGAGGAAUCAGGGGAGCACACACUUACUGAGCUUUCGGAUUUGCAUCGAGCUCUACGAGAGUACAAAGCAAAGCACUUGCGGUGUGGGAGUUCACUUGUUGGUCUGGUGCGAAAAACACAAGAAACAGCGCCUGAUCUUGAAGCCAUUUGGCAGCUACGAGAAGCAAUAUCACAAGAAGUGAAACGAGCGGAUAGCAUGCUUUCCUCACACGAGAUGGCAGCUUUGCUGUCUCAGCCUUGCACGGAUUGUGUGAACUAUACUCUGCUGAAAGAAAAGCUGUCCGAGCUCCUGAGCCUGCAGAAAGAUUUGUGUUCUCGGAUUUUGCAGAUACUUGAGCAAGGAGGUGAUUAAAGCUCCAAAGGGCACACAACAUGGUUGCUGCAUUUGUUCAUUUUGUUGCCGUUAAUUCUUUAGCGCAACCAUUAGGGUGCAGGUAUUCCAUGUCUGCUUGUUUUGCCUUUUAGCAAUUUUCCAAAUUUGCACUGACUAUUGGCAUAAGUAUCCUUCGUAGAAUGUGAAGCAGUCCAAGGUGUCCGUCUCGGCCUAGUCACUUUGCAUGACUUACUACUAAUCCGUUGUGUCCAGAGGCAUCUCAGUUGCAUACUGCUUAAAACUUUUACUGAUUGUAGUGUGAUUACAUCUACAUCUUUCGUGAUGUUUGGGCUAGUCAGUAUUUUUCCACAUGUGCACAAGCUUAGAGACUUCAUAGUGCCCAAGCAUCAGUGCCUGUUUGUUAUUGGAUCACUAUAUUUUAACCUUUGCUUGUGAUAACAUUUCAUCUCAGCAGGUGUGAUCCACUGGGGCCAGCCACAGAACUAGCAUUUUACAUGUUGUUAUAAAGCAGAGUAUUGUCUACUACAGAUAUUUAUGCUUCCAGUAUUUAUAUUUGUUAUGUGCACAACAUGUUGUGGCUGUUGUAAAAAUGGAAAAGAGCUCGUCACUUGUUUCAGAUACAUAGGUAUGUCACAGGCUUACGUUGUAAGUACCCCGUGUAUUAUAUUGCCAUAGCUCUAGCUGUGGUUUGAAAGGCAGAGAAGUAAAUAUUAUGAAAAGCCUUGCUGCAGAGCUUGAUCAAAAUACAAAUCUGUAGCACCACAUGGAACAGCUGUAGGGAGUGCAAUGUCUUCUUUCCAAUGUUACGGCUGUUUUCAGCUUUGAUAUUUAGAGGACAGGGUAUGCUGUAAGGGCUGAAUUCAUUCAUGUACAUGGUUUCCUUACUAUUGUAUUUUUGUAGAAUUAUUAUCAGUGGUACCAUUUCUUAGGAGGGAUGUUAUAUUUUGUGUGUAUAAAGCUCAGUUCAAUGUUUAUAUGUAUAUAAGGUUUAUGUUGGUUGCAAGCUUUAUAGAGCACUUUGCGUUACACUGUCAUUCCCUGAAGAUUUAGCUUCACAGUGUUGAAUUUUGUUGCACCUCCCACAUGAAAGUGUGUCAUUACGAGGUUUUAUGUUUCAAGGUUUCUAACUCCUGGUAGCUUUUAUUGAGACAAGUACUGAACAGCUUAUUUUGUUUGAUUCAAUUCUGGCAAAUUGUGUUCUUUGCCCUGGCCGGUUUCUUUAGCAAAUGAGCUUGUGUUACCAGGAAGGUAGGACAAAAACUUUUUUUGUGCAGGAACAGAGAACAAUAAAGGCUAUGAUGUA